AUGGCUACAUACGAUAAUAAGGCAUGGUUACUAAAGAAUGUGCGCGAUGCAUUCAUAGCAACCGAUGACACCGGUUUGUGCGAAAUUGUUAUGGCUGGUGAAGAUUUCUCUAAAAUAUAUCAAAACAAAGCCAUGGAAGAAAAAAAGCGUGAUAGAGAUAAAGUUUUGUAUCAGCCUAGUACCAGUAGAGGAAAAGGAUCUGAAACGGAGGAUGAGGAUGAGAAGGAAGUCGUCACACAAUUUGAUCCUUACCCCGAUAUGGAAGACAGCGAUGAAGAUGAACCUUGCCCUAGCUACCCACGAUUUACAGAUGAAAUGGUUCACAGGCAAAGAUCAAAUACAGCACAGUGGUUAGAUAAAAAAGAACUGGCACUAAAGAAAGCGGCAAAAAUCAAAGUUAUCAAAUGGGAGGACCCUCCAGCACCCCUAACUGCUGAACAAAUGUCUGAAGUGUUUACAAAAGUUAAUAUAGUAAAACCUGAGAAAAAGAAGUCCCUGUUAGCUGAAAUGCUAGAAAAAUGCCCAGAUCUCCCUCACCGUCAAUACUUAGAAUAUGCAAAGUUUGAUGGAACCGCACAACUGGGCCUGCCGACUAAAUCAUUUAAGAUCUUCAUGACAAUGUUGCCAGAGAAACAUCAAAAUUAUCCAUUAAUUGUUUGUGUUAUUGCCAGUGCAAAGAUUAAGGAUUUGAUUGGUUUCACGUGCUACAAAUACAGCAUUGAACACCCAGAUAUAACUCUUGGAUCUGUACAUGAUUAUGGUCUUUAUAUAGCAGAAGAUGAUGGUGAAGUAGAUUGGGCAUUUCCUUGUUUGGAUAACAAUGAACCCUGUUCUAAAUUCGGGUUUACAUGCCUCGGCCUAGACCUUAAACGAAAAGAAAGUAACUCCUGCCCCAUAGCGGACUUUGAAAUGAACUCGUUUACAUGUUUUCCUAAAGCAUCGGUAUCAGGACAGAGCAAUGUCAACACUUCGAGACAAAAGACUGGCGAUAGUGACACUUCGGAAAUAAUAAGGGCUAUGAAUACUCUAAAUGAAGGUAACAGAAGCAAACUUGGAUUCCAGUCUGGUGUAGUGACCGAUGCAUCGCAGGAUAAGCUUUACAGGGUACAGUUAUUACAUAAAGUGAGAGCAAAUACACCGGUACAACUUGGAAUCACUUUGGAUACUAUAGAAGUUGUCCCUUUGGUAACUAAUAAACAUGCCUUUUGGGCCCGUCCAAAAUAUUUCUUACACAGUAUGAAUUCAGUAGCUUGGUGUCAGAUUUUAGAAGCCAAAAGCAGUAAAACUACAUUCAGAAUAGUUUACUCACCAAGUCAUGAUAUUUCAUAUCAUGAUAGGAAUAAUUCAGUCAAUGUGAACCUCUAUCAUCCGAACACAAUUUACAAGAAGCACGACUUCGAAUGCGAACAUGAUACAGCGAGGAAGAUUGUAGACAAAGUGAAUACUAUAUUAGAUUUAAGAAACAGUCCGUGCCGCCGCGAAUACAAAUCUGUUAAAGAGAAAAAAUUACAAACGAGAACAAGUUUCAACGCAAAACAUAUGAGUUGA